CAGACCGAGCUCAAAGCCACCGCUCCUCCUUGUUCCUUCCCUCGGAAGAGACAGAGCCAACGACAGGAGGAACUCGAUCGAUCGAUGGCGGCCCGGUACGUGGAGAUGCUGGACAUGGGCGUGCGCAUCGCCGCCAGGUUCCACUCGCACUGCCCUCAGACCGCGCGCAUGUACUACAAGCCGCCGCAGUCCACCUCCUCGGCGGCGGGAGCCUCCACGGAUCGGAAGGCCGCCGGCUUCGACCACGAGGCUGCGGCCGCCGCUGCCUUCCGGCCCUUCGCCGCGACGUCGUCAGCGGGGUUCGGCGCCGGCGUCCAGCCAGGUUUCUGCUUCGACACCGCGCAGGUCCUCAUCUACGAGGUCGUAUGAGGAACUUAAGACUCUCGGAGCAACGACGGCUAGCAGGAGUAGUUUCUUCAUUCGGAAUGAGACCUCUGGAAUGAGGAAUUUUGUUUGUGGCCAAUGAGUUGAUCGGCUAUGCUUAGCUUAGUCUGUAACACAAUUCUUUAAUUCGUUUACUACACUAUGUCCUUGCGGGAAUUGAUUAAAGAAACAUGAUUUUCUUGC